CCAGGGACCUCGCGGCUUCCGCGCUCACGAGAUUUAGCGAGACUGAGGGCGCUAGCGGAGCAGGCCGCUGCUCCCCGAGCUCCCGCGCACGCGCAGUGAGCCUCGUCUGCCCGACCUUCAAGGUUCUACCAUGUUCUCGCGGGCGAGUAUUGUCGGGCUGUCGGCCUGCUCCUUGCAGCCGCAAUGGAUCCAAGUUCGAAACAUGGCAACCCUGAAAGACAUUACCAGGAGACUGAAGUCCAUCAAAAACAUCCAGAAGAUUACCAAGUCUAUGAAGAUGGUGGCAGCAGCGAAGUACGCCCGGGCUGAGCGGGAGCUGAAGCCAGCUCGAGUGUAUGGGACAGGCUCCUUGGCUCUGUAUGAGAAGGCUGAGAUUAAGGGACCUGAGGACAAGAAGAAGCACCUCAUUAUUGGUGUGUCCUCGGAUCGAGGCCUUUGUGGUGCUAUUCAUUCCUCCGUGGCUAAACAAAUGAAGAAUGACAUGGCUGCCCUCACAGCAGCUGGGAAAGAAGUUAUGAUUGUUGGAAUUGGUGAAAAAAUCAAGAGCAUACUUUAUAGGACUCACUCUGAUCAGUUUUUGGUGUCCUUCAAAGACGUGGGGCGGAAGCCCCCUACUUUUGGAGAUGCAUCGGUCAUUGCCUUGGAGUUGUUAAAUUCGGGAUAUGAAUUUGAUGAAGGCUCUAUUAUCUUUAAUCAGUUCAAGUCUGUUAUCUCCUACAAGACAGAAGAGAAGCCCAUCUUCUCUUUCAGUACCGUCGUGGCUGCUGAGAACAUGAGCAUUUAUGAUGACAUUGAUGCUGACGUGCUGCAGAAUUACCAGGAAUACAAUCUGGCCAACAUCAUCUACUACUCCCUGAAGGAGUCCACCACCAGUGAGCAGAGUGCCAGGAUGACCGCCAUGGACAACGCCAGCAAGAACGCCUCUGAUAUGAUUGAUAAAUUGACGCUGACUUUCAACCGCACCCGCCAGGCCGUCAUCACGAAGGAGCUGAUAGAGAUCAUCUCCGGGGCUGCUGCUCUGUAAGUAGUGUAGCUGGUGCCUGUGAAGCCGCUCUUCUCUCCGCACGCACGUGGGUCAGCGAGCCUCGGGCCGUUGACUUUUCUGUUCUGUUACAACCGAAAAGACUUGCUGCAGCGUCUGUGUCCUUUCAUCAAUCCUGAUGGAAAAGACAUCUCUGCUUUAUCCUUACGGUUUGAGCUGAAAUGUUCAAAUUUAAUUUCCCAUCUUGAGAGAGGCCUUUGUAUGCAGUUGACUUUCUUGAAGUAUUGGGGAGAAAGCCGUGAAUAAUUCAGUAUCAAUUUGGAAAGUCUGGUUUUGGAACUAAUUGUAUCUAUAAGCCAAACUUUCUCAGUUAAAGACUAGUUUUAGGUUUGAUUUUAUAUAAUUCUGUUAAUUACUGGAUGAUGAGAAUUUUAAGUCACUAAAUAUUCUUCAUUGGUAAAUACCAAUGAGUACCAUAAAAUAGCAUGCUGUUUUCCGCCAGAUAAUGUCUGGAUUGUUGAAAGAUUAAACUGGCCAUCAACCACGUGCAGUUUCCCAGGCAGGUUGUUAUAACAGAGGAAGCAUGUGGUGAUUGCCUUUGGCUUGCUAAGGCUUUCCUCCUCCUGACUGGCCACUGAGUUCUCUGAGUUUUACCUUCUAGAACGCUCUAAUCUUUCCUGUCUUCAUGCCAUUUUUUAAACUGUAAAAGGGUUUGCUGGGGAUAGGGGUUUGCUGCAUUGCCUGAGCGGUUCCCAGAGUCAUAGGCUCGGGCUUCCUCUCUGCCUGCCUAGUGGCAUCAGGGCUAGUCUGAAGAAAGAUGUAAUUUGUAGAUGCCAGACCCUCAAGGUGUAGUAGAGGCUGUGCUUGUUUUCAGAGAAUAUACUAUCUUUGUUAUGAGGACACAAAGAAGACAGUACAGAAUUAUGGCGAUUACUGAAACUUUGGUCUGGGGCCAUAUUGUAAAGGGUUUAAAGAAGACCGUGUGUAGCCCCCAAGGGGAAGAUACUUCCUUGCUGCCUUUUUACAGGUUCAGCCUUCAAAAAAGUCUACUUUGUUGCAUGUAAACCUGUACUUUCUGGCCAUCAGCAAUCUUUCUCAUAUAGAAUUGUAUAGUUACUUGCUUGAACCUUGAUCUUCCCAGGUCUUUAAACACAUCGUCCUGUUUUUCACUUCCAAGAGGUGUCUGGUCUUGUCUGGGCUUCAGUUCCUCUCUGAUUGUUCAUUCUUCAUCUGACAACUCUUCACCUUCCUUGAUUGGGCGAGGGGAAUCUUUUCUUCCAAAAAAACCUAACUUUUGUUGUCUAAGUGAGGCAUCUUUUAGCACCUGACCACACACUGUGUCUUAGUGCUAUGCUAUUUUAUCAGGAAUUGACUUUUAUUGGUCCCUGUCCUUAAGCCUUGGAGGGAGCGGGGUUUAAAACUGAUUGAGUCAGUGGCAUAUAAAGUUACAGCUUGUUCUCUGUCUGGGUGAGCAUCCUGGUCCUAAGCUGUUUUGCUCUCUAACAUAGCUUUGUUAUGACUGACCCAGCAGGCCAUCACUGCCUUAUCAGCAUAGAGCACCUUGAUGUCCAGGUUAUAAACAUGGUUAAGGUACUCUGUCUGAUUCCCGGGACUUUGUCUCCUAUGACAUAAGACUAAUACUAGGAUUAAGUCAUGACUUUUUUGUCAAAUGCCAAGCUGGUAUAUCUUGUGACAUGGCUUAGGGGAAAGAGUAGACUUCUCAAAAUCUGAGAGCAGUAUGAGAACCAGCAAAUACCAAGUUCCCUUUUUUGCUUCUAAAAUGGGAGAUGCUAGGUAUGAACUGUGAGGAUCUAAAUUCUGUAGCUUAGGACUGGGCCUUUUUUCUUGCUUAGGGAUGUGAGAAACCUCACUUAAACCAGUGAGAAGAGGGAAACUGAGACGUUGAGCUAAGACUUUAGAGAAAGUAAUCUUAUUGGAACUAUAUUUUCACUUUCUAGGUAGUGAACGUGUGUAUUGUGAAGGUUACUUGUGCAGUCUCGACAGUGGUUCACUUUUAUUAAUGGGUUUGCGUGCUCUGAAACCUACCAGGGAUUGUUGUUCAGAUUUUAGUACAAAAACUGGCUUUUAGUGUUAAAAUGAAAAGAAUGAAUGAAUCAUAUUUACAUUGUCAGCUUAAUCUCUUCAAUUGUAUGUCAUUUUUAAAGAUAUAAAAAUAUGUUGUCUUGCCUAUUUGAACAUUUUUUUAUUGCCUCUAACUACAUUGCAGUCUACAGCAUCAUAUGUUGAAUGGUUGUUAAAGAUUGUAACUGUUUGCUGCAUUGUAUGCUCAGGAUAACAUGUAAAGAAAUAGCCUGUAGUUAACUAGCAUGGAUUGCUUACUAACCUGCUUGUUUUGUGCUCUUGUUUCUUUUAAUAUAAUAACCAGGGAUUAAUGAGAAUCAAGUUACAUCCUCAGACAAGAGGUAAAGUUCAUAUACUCUUCCCCUAAGCCUUCAACAAGGAAACCUUGCUAGGUAUCACCAAAGCUAGCAGUUACUAGUUAGUGUUACUAGUUAGCAUUUCUAGUUAGCAGACAGGCUAGCUGGGCAGGCUGGUUUAUAGUGCAGCCAACUGUGGGUGUGGUCGGGUAGUACGGGGUGCAGGCCGAGAAUUAGAUGUGGGUGUUGCUAGUGAGCCUUUGUGUUCUGGAAGGUGUGGAUACAAGGAGGUAAAUUCAGGCACUGAGAACCUGAAUUACUGUAGUGUAUUACGUAUAGGUUAAUGAGAGCAGUGCUUCUCAAGGCUAUGGUCCUGACUCCUGACGGCUGGCUCCUAGGAGAGUCCUUUCUCCACUCUGCUGUAGCCUGUGGAGAAACAGCCAUUUCCAUGAGUUCCAUGAGGAGGGCAGUGUUAUUAUAUACGAGUUUCCCUCAUAGCCGAGAGUCCCAGACCAGAACUAUGAGCUACCUGCACCUUCUGUGGAACUGCAGGCCUCUGGGCCCCGUUAAGGGUGUGUUCUUACUUUUCACGGGACUUCCUGUUUGACUCCCAUUUCUGUACUGUUUUUCAGGUGAAGAAGGAAAACGCAGCUGAUUUUAACUGAUUGCUGUCCUUGUUAGAAGAAACUUGGUCCACUGAGUCACAAAGACAGCAGGAUGUUUGUAAAUUAUCUUACAAUAAACAACUUACAAUGAGAAA